AUGUUACGCCGACGAGAUCGCCGACUUCUGCAGGAUUCAAAAGUCAUCCCUACAGACCAUGUCGCUGCCCAACACCAUCUGCUCGUUAUGGACUUGAAAAUCUCCCGUCCAAGGAAGAGACAUCCAAGGGCUGAAACACAGCGCAUCAAAUGGUGGAAUCUGAAGGAUCGAAAGGAGGCAUUUUUCGCGUCCGUGGCUCCACCUACACUUCCCCACCCUACUCGUAGUGUGGAGGAAAUGUGGUUGUCUACUUCCAGCGUUAUACGCUUGACCGCGGAAAACACUCUGGGAAAGACGACUCUAGGUAAGCCAAAGGUACAAAAAGCUACGUGGUUUUGGAACGAGGAAGUUCAGGCGGCAAUUCGUGAGAAGAAAUCCAAGUAUAAGCUCUGGUGGAAGACGUGUCAGCCUGAAGAUCGGGGUGCUUACCUAGCGGCGAAGAGGGAGGCUAAGAAGGCAGUCUCCAAGGUGAAGUCGGACCGCUACAAGGCUGUGUACGACAUGUUUGAUACCAGAGAAGGCGAGCGGGCAGUGUAUCGUUUAGUCAGAGCGCGUCAUCGCUCAACGUUGGAUAUGGAGCACACCAAGAUCGUUAAGGGGGGGGGGGAGUCGUUCUGCGCCGCUCUGGUCAGAUCCUGGAGAGGUGGCGACAGUACUACAAUCACUUGUGUAACGAAGAGUUCUGUCAUCCUCCCAUCCCAACCGUUCCCAGCGUCGAGGGUCCUGUUCUAUUACUGCCGUCGAAGUCAGUGUUGCCCUCGCAAAAAUGAAGUCGAACAAGGCAACCGGUCCUGA